UUGCAGGCUGUUGAUCAGCUAGUACGCAAAUGCGGAGAGAAAGUGCACAAUCGAGUGGGAAAAUUUCGUUUCUUGAAUCAACUUGUCAAGCUGAUCACUCCGAAGUAUUUAGGAGCACAAACUUCUCCCGAGGUCUACGAUUCACUAAGAGAGCAUCAUUUGAUCACAGCCGAUCCUGUCAUUCCUGAGGAAGAAAUAAUGGUUGUUCAGUCUUAUCCUCCCAAAUUAGCUCCAUUCGAGGACGAAGAGAAAUCGCGCAUACUGAAGGAAUUGCUGAAAAGUACGAAUCCUGAUGAUCUACAGGCAGCGAAUCGCCUUAUCCAAACGCUUGUAAAAAGUGAAGACCAGAAGAUAGAGCGAAGGCAUAAAAGAGCUGACGAGUUGGAGCAAGCUCGACAGCUAUGCAGACGAUUGGAGGAAGCCAUGAUGGAUAAAACAGCUGAAGAAUUAGGAAUCACUGCCAAUGUUAUAUAUUCUGAAGCAAAAAUGAAGGUAAUCUUACCGUUGAACACCUUUUUACCACCCUUUACCCCGGCUUAUUACUGA